AUGCUCGUGAAAGUGGUACCUUGUGGAACCUACGUUGUACCCAAGAGGUGGAAAGCGUAAACCAGGGAGGGAUGUUUUCGUUGGCAAAAAGAAAUCUUAGAGAGAGAGACUAGAAACAAGUUGCACUAUAUAGCCACCAAAUCAAUUCUAUAAUUUUCUGCUUCAAUUACUGCUACUCGCAAGAAAUCGAAGACAAUCAAGAUGCAUUCAAAUCAUUUGCUGCUCGAGGAGCCAAUCCGGAUGGCCACCAUCCUUGAGCCAUCCAAACCGAGUUUCUUCCCUGCUAUGACGAAGAUCGUCGGGACGCUCGGCCCGCGCUCUCGAUCCGUAGAAGUUAUUUCCGAUUGCCUUAAGACUGGAAUGUCCGUUGCGAGAUUUGAUUUUUCAUGGGGCGAUGCGGACUCUCACCAGGAGACUUUGGAGAAUCUGAAGACUGCAAUUAAGAGCACUACGAAACUCUGUGCUGUUAUGCUAGACACCGUAGGUGCUGAAAUGCAAGUUGUUAAUAAGCGUGAGACAUCUAUAACACUUAAAGCCGAAGACAAGGUUACUUUGACUCCUGAUCAAGGUCAAGAAGCGACAUCUGCAGUUUUGCCGAUCAACUUUGCUGGAUUGGCUAAGGCUGUAAAGAAGGGUGACACCAUUUUUGUCGGUCAGUACCUAUUCACGGGAAGUGAGACGACUUCUGUAUGGCUGGAGGUUGAUGAAGUCAAGGGGGAUGAUGUGGUUUGUGUUACCAAGAACUCUGCGACCUUGGCAGGAUCACUAUUUACAUUGCAUGCUUCACAAAUUCGAAUUGAUUUGCCUACUCUAUCUGAAAAGGACAAGGAGGUUAUCAGCACUUGGGGUGUUAAGAAUAAAAUAGAUUUUCUUUCGCUAUCCUACACACGGCACGCAGAGGAUGUCCGUGAGGCCCGUGAUUUUCUGUCAAAACAUGGUGAUCUGAGUCAGACUCAAAUAUUUGCUAAAAUUGAAAAUGUAGAGGGUUUAACCCAUUUUGACGAGAUCCUACAGGAGGCUGAUGGUAUCAUCCUGUCUCGCGGGAAUCUUGGCAUAGACCUCCCACCUGAGAAGGUGUUCUUGUUUCAGAAGUCUGCUGUUUACAAAUGUAACAUGGCUGGAAAGCCUGCAGUUGUAACUCGCGUUGUUGAUAGCAUGACGGACAAUUUGAGGCCCACUCGUGCUGAGGCAACUGAUGUUGCUAAUGCUGUUUUGGAUGGAUGUGAUGCUAUUCUUCUUGGUGCUGAGACCUUGCGUGGAUUGUAUCCUGUGGAAACUAUUUCUACCGUUGGGAAAAUCUGUGCUGAGGCAGAGAAGGUCUUCAAUCAAGAUCAAUACUUCAAGAGGACAGUAAAGUUUGUUGGUGAACCAAUGACUCACUUGGAAUCUAUUGCUUCCUCUGCGGUCCGUGCGGCCCUUAAAGUUAAGGCAUCUGUCAUAAUAUGCUUUACGUCAUCUGGAAGAGCUGCAAGAUUGAUUGCAAAGUACAGGCCAACAAUGCCUGUGUUAUCUGUUGUCAUUCCUCGCCUGAAGACAAAUCAGCUGAAGUGGAGUUUUAGCGGUGCAUUUGAGGCUAGGCAAUCACUUGUAGUGCGGGGCCUUUUCCCCUUGCUCGCUGAUCCUCGGCAUCCAGCUGAGUCCACAAACGCAACAAAUGAGUCUGUUUUGAAGGUUGCACUUGAUCAUGGAAAAGCUUCUGGAGUUAUCAAGUCCCACGAUCGAGUAGUUGUAUGCCAGAAAGUCGGAGAUGCUUCUGUGGUGAAGAUCAUCGAACUUGAAGAUUAAAAUACAUGAUGGAGACAAACAUUAUACCAAAGCACAACAUCAAACUGUUUUUUUAGUUCUUUGUUUUUGGUGGGCAAGUUUGAGGGACAUGAACCUAGUAGGCAUCACCAUGAGUUUGGAUGUUGGUUUUGGAUGGCUAUAGAUCAUUGGCACCCCUUUUUUUGAAAGAAUGGUGGGUCGGUGUACUAUUUACCACGAUGUAAUUCUUAAAAACAAGUAGUACUCCAUUAUUGGUGGUUGCAAACCAUGAGGGAGGGUGUUUGUGAGAAAAUAACCGCCCUGGAUGUCUUUGUCAUGAAGACAUUAACUCAUUCGAGUAAUAAUAUCAAAAUAAUGUACUAGUAAAUUAUUCAA